AAGUCAGUAUAAGGCAAUGGCAGCGAGUGCAGUUACAAUGAUUUUCGCAACGUGAUUUUUGUUUAACCAGUUUAUGAACCAGUAUAAUAUUGAUUAUCGAUUUUAGUGCUAGGGAAGCGGCGGGGACGCGCACGGCAGCUGUGCCCGUGUACGUGUUGGGGUCGCCUGGCGACGUGAGGGCAGAGCGAGGAGGAGCAGCCUCAGCACAGCCGGAAGCAGAAGAGACCCAUCUGUACCCAAGACUCGCAUUACUUCUCACUAAAACAAGAUAAAUAAGCACCGACCACAACACAUAAUACACUACAGUCGGAUCAACUCAGCUGGUGUUACCGUAUAACCGAGACACCGUAUCAAAUCGGAGGUUUAAAAAAGAAAAUUAAAAUUCAGCGAAAACGGAGCCGCAGGCGCCGGACGGGGGCGAAGGGGGCAGCGGGAGAGAUUUUGUUUUCCCGGCUGCUUGGCCAAGGAAAGAAAGAAAUACAUAAACCCUGAGACGAAGGACUCGGAGGAGCUUGGGGACCCGUGAUCUAACAUAUAUCACCUGAGAUACAGGACACAGAAGGAAGCCGAGUGGCUGGAUUGGUUUUGUUUGUUUGUUUGUUUGUUUGUUUACACAGAGCUGGGGUUCAUAACCCCCUUCUGGUUUAUAUUUCUUCACAGCAGCAGCACGUCGACAGUUCGGUUUCUGCUUCUGUUGUAAAGUCGGACCCUGGAGCAGCAUUGCCAUUUCUUUUUUCAUGUUAUUAUCAUUUCAUUUUUUUAAAAAUUAUUCUGGCAAUGACAGCAGCAUUGCGGAAUGAGUCAAGUUGAAACAAAGUGAGCUGCUUUUUUUCUGUUGGUGCUUCUGUUUCGCGUUGUGAUUUUAAAUUCUGACUAUUCUUUUGUUUUAGAAUUGCUUAUUGUGGGUUGUAAAUGUAUUAUUCACAUUCUCUCCCCUCCCCCCUUCGAUAACCCUUCCCCAAUUUACCCCCACCACUGCGGCCCGAUUUCCCGGUUCGGUUCGGUCCAGGACCCAUAGGAGCACGCCGAGCCCCAACACGCCUUGUACUUCGAAUCGACAUCCCAUAAUUAACUCAAGAAGACACAUUCGUUCCCCUCACGUUUGUUUCUUCGGAUCUGUUCUAUUCUGGGAGGCUUCGGAUCGGGUACAUUCAGACUUGGUCCGAUUGAACCUGAGUUUGGGGAUUAACCCGUUCUUAAUACAUCUUCUGGACCGGGGUUUUCUUUACCUGUUUGGGAUUGAUCGAGGUCCAUUCCUCAUUAAGACUGCUUUUCCCCAGCACUGCCACAAAAUCAAUUGGAUUUCUGACUACUACUGUUCAUCAGCGGAUCUAUUUGAGAAGUUGGUGGUCCAGUUCAUUGACUCAGCUGGGAACCGGAGCCUGCACACAAUAACAGUCCGAGGCAUCUCCGCAUCCGAGAUUCCGACUGAUUGCAUUACUCGUGGUGGUGUCGACCCGGUUCGAUUGUACUGCAGUAUGGCUCAGCAGCAGAUGCCGAGCUCGCAGAAGGCGCUGAUGUUGGAGCUCAAGUCUCUGCAGGAGGAGCCGGUGGAGGGGUUCCGCAUAACCCUAGUGGAGGAGUCCGAUCUUUACAACUGGGAGGUGGCGAUCUUUGGGCCCCCCAACACACUGUACGAGGGGGGCUACUUUAAGGCUCAUAUUAAGUUCCCGAUGGACUAUCCCUACUCCCCUCCCACCUUCAGGUUCCUCACUAAGAUGUGGCACCCUAAUAUCUACGAGAAUGGAGAUGUGUGCAUCUCGAUCCUUCACCCCCCUGUGGACGACCCUCAGAGCGGAGAGCUGCCUUCCGAGAGGUGGAAUCCCACCCAGAAUGUCAGGACCAUCUUGCUGAGUGUCAUCUCCCUGCUUAAUGAGCCCAACACCUUCUCUCCUGCCAAUGUGGACGCCUCGGUCAUGUUCCGCAAGUGGAGAGACAGCAAAGGGAAGGACAAGGAGUACGCUGAGAUCAUUAGGAAGCAGGUCCUGGCCACCAAGGCAGAGGCUGAGAAGGAUGGCGUGAAGGUGCCCACCACGCUGGCAGAGUACUGCAUCCAGACCAAAGUGCCUUCCCACGACAGCAGCUCAGACCUGCUGUACGACGACCUGUACGACGAUGACAUAGAGGAGGAAGAGGAGGAGGAGGACGGGGAGUGCGGGGGGGGUGCCGAGGCGGGUGACUGCUACGAGGACGACGACGACUCUGGGAACGAGGAGUCCUGACCUCCCCGCCCCCCGAAACAGCCUCCCCAUCCAUCCAUCUGUCUGUCUCUCCGCCCGUCCAACGCACUCACAUAUACGCGCGCACACACACACACACACAAGCUGAAAAAGAGCAGGCAGUACAACAAGCAAACCAUUCAAAUGAACCCCCGCAGCUUGUAAUCCAAUCCCAGUUUAUUAACAGACCCUCUUCACAGAGCUCUGGAGUGAGAGAAUAGGGGAUGCAAGGCAGCGGGGUGAAGUUAAAAAAAUUAAGAAAUUGAAUUCAAUAGCAGUUAUUAAUAACUAGUAACUUGCCCCCUCUGUGCUGUUUCCUGUUGUGCAGCUUUUACCAGUUGCUCCUUCUUUAUGGACCUCUGAUUUGAAUUUUAAAAGAGAAACACACGCAUCAUUACUCUUCACCCAUUACUGUAUAGCUUGUGUGGUUCUUGACUCCCGAACAAAAUGAAAUUCUCUUGCAAACAGCCUGGUUUCUCUUUUUUUUUCUUUUUAAAUGUUUUUGGUACAGUACAAUU